GCCUUUUUAAAUAUCGCCCAACUUGGGUUUCUGGUAGCAGCUGGAAAGAAAGAAAGAAAAAGAAAUGGAGGCCGGAAGAGUGGGGAUCCGGAGGAUAAAGUUGGGUUCUCAGGGACUGGAGGUGUCCGCACAGGGCUUGGGCUGCAUGGGCAUGUCCGACGCCUAUGGUCCUCCCAAGCCCGAACAAGACAUGAUCGCUCUCAUCCACCACGCCGUCCACUCCGGCGUCACCUUGCUUGACACCUCCGACUUCUACGGCCCCUUCACCAACGAAAUCCUUCUCGGAAAGGGUUUGAAGGGAGGGGUGAGAGAGAAGGUGGAAUUGGCAACCAAGUUCGGACUUUGCUAUGUGGAUGGGAAGAGGGAGACACGUGGCGAUCCAUCAUAUGUGAGAGCUUGCUGUGAGGCCAGCUUGAAGCGCCUCCAAUUGGAUUGCAUCGAUCUCUACUACCAGCACCGCAUCGACACCCGCAUUCCCAUUGAAGUCACGAUUGGGGAACUGAAGAAGCUAGUGGAAGAAGGUAAAAUAAAGUACAUAGGUCUCUCCGAGGCCUCUGCUUCCACCAUCAGAAGAGCUCAUGCGGUUCAUCCAAUAACAGCUGUGCAGCUGGAGUGGUCUUUGUGGUCUAGAGAUGCCGAGCAAGAAAUCAUUCCUACUUGCAGGGAACUGGGCAUUGGGAUUGUUGCAUACAGUCCUCUUGGACGAGGAUUCUUUACGUCGGGGCUCAAGUCUGUUGAAAAUCUUUCCGACGGUGACUUCCGAAAGAAUGUUCCUAGGUUCCAACCUGAAAAUAUGGAGCAUAACAAAAUCGUAUUUGAACGUGUGAAGGAAAUGGCAACGAAGAAGGGAUGCACCCCAUCGCAGCUAGCACUAGCCUGGGUUCAUCACCAAGGGAAUGACGUGUGUCCCAUUCCUGGAACCACCAAGAUUGAAAACUUCAACCAGAACAUUAGAGCUCUGUCUAUGAAACUCACACGAGAAGAAAUGGUUGAGCUCGAAUCAUUUGCUUCAGAUGAUGUUGUUAAGGGCGAUAGAUAUUUGACCGACAUGGCGAGUUGGAAGACUUCUGAAACUCCACCACUUUCGUCGUGGAAAGCUGCAUAAGCACAAACCUUUUCUUGUGUCUGAUCAAUAGCUUGAAUCCCUGCAGACUUUGUCAAUAUUAUAAUAUCUGUGUGUUGAGUUCUUGACUCCUCAGAAUAAUAUAUGUUCUAUUAGAAUGUUAUGAUGCCUGAUAAUUCAUGAAGAUCAGACCACAUAUUUUUCUCAAUAACCGUACUUUGUUUGCAAUGU